AUGGGCUACACGAAGGGCCGCGCGCGGCGUGCGGCUGAAAAGCUCACAGAGAAGCACAUUGCGGUGAGGCAUGACGGCAGCUCAGUUCUCUAUGAGGCGUCCAAUGGACGGACCUACAAGAUCGAUGUGCUCGACAUGAUACAGCUGAACCUCUCGAAGGGCACCAGGCGCAAUGUCCAUCGUCACCAAGGGCAUGGCAAGAACUGGUCCAUGUGGCAAUACGAGGCGGAAAGGGCGGAGGGGCGAAACUAUACCCACUCCAAGACCACCUUAGUGCAGUACCCCAAAGAGGUCUGUAUCGCCUUGGAGGACCGCUUCCGGCACGUCCGCGCCGCCGCCACCCUGGCGGAGCUGGAGGGGGCCAAGGCGGUGGAUCGGCAGCGCGCGGAAAGCGCGUGGCGGCGGAAGCUGGCGAGCUUCAAUGGCCAACGUCUCCGCGACGUCUUUGCGGAGGUUCCCACACCGUCGCCCUGUGAGGAACUUUGUGCAGGUGCUUUAGCCUCUGAGGCAUCCAAGGACGAUGGCUUGCGCGAGGUCCUAUUUGAGGCGGUGCUGCGGCAGCACGGCUGGCCGCCUCGCUGUGUGGCCGACGGCAUCCGUUGGCUGCGGCGCAAGGGGCUGCAGCUGGGCGCACAGCACGUGCGGAAGGCCACGCUGCUGCAUGGUGGUCUCACGCCCUUGCGGGUGCUGCUGAUGGAAAUGGAGCCACCUCUGGAUGUCAUGGGUUUGGAAAUCCUGGUGGACCACCGCUGUGCGGUGGUCACCAACGGCAACACCAGUGGAGGCGGCUGGGUGCAACGCUGUAAGCCGGCCCUGAAAGCGCUCUUGGCGCGUGGGGCGGUCCUGGGCAGCCACUCCCUGCAGUCACGGCUCUUGAAACGGGUGGAAGAGGAUGGCAUGUCCCUAUGGGUCGAGCGAGUCCUGGAAAGCCUGCGCCGCUGUCGCCCCGAAGUGCCGGACCUGGUGCUGUCGCGCAUCGCGGACUUCGCGGGAAAGGGAUUCGUUCUCUGGAAAACAUCGAUUCCAUCACCGCGCUAUGUGUGGCCUGGGAUGUACAGAAUGGCGGUGAAGGGCCCUGGAGACUGCAGAAGUGCACCACAAUAUCUUCUAGUGUAUGCCGAGGCUCGGCAUGCGACAAGGCUGCCGUGGAGCCGUGGUUGCUACAAGGCCAGCUUCCAGGUGCCGGCGUCCACGGACUUUGUGGAGGUGAAGAUCCCCUUGCGCGACUUUAGCGAUCUCCGGAGCACCAGCUGCGCUCAGGAGAGCAGCGUGUGCCCCACAGCACAGAGCCUCUCGCAGAUUCGGCGCCUGGAAAUUUCGGCGGAACGACCGGGGCAAGUGCACUUGGAGGUGAAGUCCAUCGCAGUGCGGGCCCCUGACAGCACCAUGGCUAGCGCGCCGCCGGCGCAGUACAAUGGCUGCAGCCAUCCGGUACAACCGCAGCUGCGGUUCAACAUCUCCAGCCGCAAGGAGCCCACGGUGCCAGUGCCCGUGGACCCCUCGGAGACCCUGGCGGAUGCCGUGUGUUGCGACAAACGCACCAAGGUCUACGCCGAGCCGCAGUUCCUCUACGAUGCACCAGACAUUGCACUCUUCAAGCACCUUCAGCCCGGCGUGACCACUUUCUACGAUUCCACCUGUGGAGUGCCGUUGUUCAAAGCGCCGGUGAACAGGAGUCUGGCGGACUUUGAAGCAGACACCAAGGAACACGGCUGGCCCUCCUUCCGCAAGGAGGAGGUCUUCUCCGAGCAUGUGACCGUUGACAAGGACGGCUUCGUCUACUCCUCCUGUGGCACUCACCUGGGAAGCUACCUGCCGGACGCCCAAGGCCCUCGAUACUGCAUGGACUUGUCCUGCAUUGCGGGCAAGCCGGAGAUCGUGGUGUGA